GCACCCAGGGCGUCUGGCCACGCAGCUCCUCCAGCUCAUGGAGGACACCGUGGGCAGGGACGGGGAGGCGAGGAGCUGGGACAAGGACGACGCGCCGGCGAGCGCCAAGAGCUACUUCAUCCACGUGCUGCGCCCCACGACGGAGAAGACCAGCUCUUUACGCAACGUCCGGGAGAUGCACACCCUGGCUGUCAUCCUGGACCACCUCGCCCUGGGCCGCACGCAGGCUGCAGCAGACGUUGCGGCGCAGCGUCUGAAAGCGUUGGAGCUCGCGUCGACGACGGGGGAUUGGAACAAGGCCCAGUACCUGGAGCUGGUCCCCCAGGAGGGCACCAACCUCGUGAGCAAGAGCGAGGAGUACCUGACCACGAAGGAGGUGGAGCUCCACCAGCGCCUGCACGGCCGGGGCAAAGGCGGCUCCUACGAGAACGACUGGAGCAACUACGCCAGCAGCAGCAGCAAGGGCGGCAAGGACAAGGACAAGGACAAGGGCAAGGGCAAGGACAAGAGCAAGAAGGACAAGGGGGGCAGGGGCAAGGCUUCCUGGAGGCGCUGGCUCGACGAGGCAGGCGGGCACGCGGCGAACACCUACGAGGCGCUCCACGUCUUCGCCGUCGGGGCGGGAUUCUCGCCGGGUCGCUUCGGUGAGUUCUCACGGGCCAUGGGGGCAGCUCGGUCCGGCUGCGACCGCGGAGAGGGCAACUCCACCGCCCGCGCUUCGGGCGCUCCGCCCACGGCUUCACUUCGCGAGCUGCUUCCUGUGUGCCCGGCCCUCGCAGCGAAGUACUUCGCCGAGCUCGCCCGCGUCGGCGCCGGUGCGACAGCGCCCAGCGGCCGCCCGACGGAGCCCGACGGCGCCCGACGUCCUUCCGACGACGCCGCCGCCGUUACGACAGCGCCCGUGGACCGCCCGACGGCGCCCGGCGGCGCCUGCGCGUGGCCGGCGAUCACCCCCAAGUCUCGGGUCCACGCUUCCGACGCUGAGUGGUACUCCCUGGUCAAAGCUGGCCACGCCAAGGGGCUCUUCGAGCAGGUGGCGGAGGAGGACCUCUUCCGGGAUGCGGCCGGCGUCCCAGUCCUCAACGGGGCUAUGGGGGUCGACAAGCUGAAGGAGGUGAACGGGGCGGUCGUCACGCUCCUUCGGUUCAUCUGCGUGUUCUGCCCGGCGAACGCCUUCUUUCGGCCUCUUCGGGGGGAUGCCGCUCUGCCCCCUUACCUCGGACAGCUGGGCCUGGUGCUUUUGGACGACGACGAGGUGCUCACGUUGGACUCCGAGGACAUGCAGAGCUGCUUCAACUUGUUCCGGAUGCCUGCCGCGUGGGCUGGGUACUUCGCCUUCGAGAAGAAGGUGCCCGCUUCGGCCUUCGGCGGGGACCCGGGCGAGAUGGUUUACGUCGCCAUGCGAGCCGUCCCUAUGGGGUGGCUCGGCGCAGUCGACCUCAUGCGAUGCAUGGCUCGCCGGUUCGUCUUCGACCUGUGCGGGGUUUCUCCGUCUACGGAGCUGCUCAAGAACGAGCCUUUGCCCGAGGGCGACAUCAGCAUCGUCUGCAUGGACGGAUUCGACUUCCUUCGGCGGGUGCGCGUGGUCCGGGACAACAUCCAGAGCCUCGAUUUUGAGGGUUCGGCGGAGCACGAACGUUUCGUCCAGGCAUGCUCGGCUCUUGGGCUACCAUUGAACGCGGGGAAGAGUUUGAUUAGGGGGCUCGCCGGGCAGAUCAUCGGGGGCGAGCUCGAUGGCAUCGAGGGCACGUUGGCGGUCGAGCGUUCCAAGGGCCACGUUCUUAUCGGGAAGGCGCUCGCUCUGUCGUGUCUUUCUGCCUGGCCUGCCGCCGCGGCCCAGCACUGGGUCGGAGGCUACUGCUUCGCAGCGAACUUCCGGCGCCCAGCCUACGCGGUCCUCCAGGAGCUCUUCACUUUCGUGGUCUCCGCCGAGCUCGCGCCGGGCGGCGUCCUCGAGCCGGAGCCGCAGGUCGUCGACGAGAUCAUUGUCGCCUCGGCUUUGCUCCCGCUUUGCUUCACCGACCUGCGAGCAUCGAUCCGGAACGUCGUCAGCUCGAGCGACGCUUCGGAAAGAGGCGGGGGGGCUUCUGAGGCCCGCUCGCUGAUCCCUGCCCUGGACCCCGGCGCGGCCGAGGCACGCGGAGACAGGGCGGCGAAUCUCAAUGAGCAGCUCGGCAUGGGCAUCGAGGACCAGAGGAAGGAGGACGGCGAGGAGAAACGCUACGACGACGAGACGCCUACGAGGUGCAGUGCAUGCGGUCGGGCACCGAGGGCACGCAUGUUUCCUUGUCCUGCUCGGUGCAGCGCUUCCCUGUGUUCUGAGGGCUGCCUCAGACAGCACUUCGACGAGGAGACCGGGUGCCAGAAGUGCAUGUUCACGAUGCCGUACGCGGCCCUGUUCGGGUUCGAGACGGACGCCGCCGUGCCGACCGCCAUCCGCGCGAAGGGGAUCGGCACGCCCUUCCGGAUCUUGCACAACAGCGUGGAGUUGGACGCGCUCCUCGGCAAGGGAUUUUGCAUGUGCCUUCCUGAGGGCCAGGGCGCGUUCGCAGAAGACUUCCCCUUGAAGCUGGCUGACCUCCUGGCCGGAUGGGCCGCUGAGGGUGCCAUUGCUGCUCAGGGCGCCACGCUCCUUGCAGCGCCCUCAGAACAGCCUUUGUGGCUGGCACGGGCCUUUGGCGAGGCCACUGCCCGGUUGCGUGGCCCGGAGGUGCAGCCCGAGGUAAUCGAUAAUAUCUUGAAGGUGAUGUCUACCAUGCGCCGAGGCUUCGAGGAGGACCACUUGAAGGCGAUGCUCCGGCAAGCCGACUACAGAGGGUCGGACGUGAGGCUCUCCACUCAGGCUCUCCUCGACGGCUGCAGGCAGGACGUGCCCUACCCGGCAUUUUGUUGGGAGUGGGCGACGGUGCAAAGCUACAGCUGGAAGCAUCAUCAGCACAUCAACGCACUAGAGUUCGCAGCGUUCUUGAACUACGUGCGGGCGCAGGCUGGGAGCAAAGACUUCCACAAGCGGCCGUGGCCGCGAUCUCUGGACGAGUUGGACGAGGAAGUCGGGGAAUACAUCAACCACCUCUAUUUGGACGACCUGCCACAGUAUUGGGCCAGCGACCUGGUCAGCGCAUUCAAGCGCCACUACCCGAAAUGCCGGCGGCACUUGGGAACAGCUGAGGUUUACCUCAAAAACUGGGCCCGGGUUACGGCCAGACGCCGGGCAAUCCCAGCUACUCGCGACCUCGUCCUCAGCAUGGCUGCGGCGGCGCUCAUCGAGGGCAAGGUCUGGCUGGCGUUCUGCAUCCUCCUCUCCUUCGUUGGCCUGCUUCGCGUCGGCGAGGUCGUUGGUGCCACCUCCCGGCAGUUCCGCCUCUAUGGCGGCGGCUCGCUCCUCACGCUUGCACUACCAGACAGCAAAGGCGCGAAACGGAGCGGGGCGUCUGAGCAGGUCACGUUUUACGACCCCCUGGUUCUCAAACUUGCGGGCGCGAUCCUCCAGGACACCGGGCACGACGAGAAAAUCAUGGAUCUGGGCUACGCCGGCUUCGCGGCAGAGAUCGCCAGGCUGGGCCGGAUGUUUGGGAUGAGCUCACUUCGUUUCACGCCGUACUGCUUGAGGCGAGGCGGCGCCACCUGGCACUUUACCCGGUUCACGAGCUACGACGCGACGCAGCACCUCGGCCGGUGGACGCAGGCCAAGACUGCCAGGCAGUACAUCGACCAAGCGACGGCGGAGGCGACGGAGAUGAGAUUACCGGAUUGGGGCCUCAAGCGCAUCAGCCUCGCGGUGAAGUGCAUCGGCCAGCUGGUGGACGAG